AUGGCACCAACAUACUCGUUACCAAGACAAAUACGUGCAAAUGGGGGCGAGAAGCUACCUCAGCGUAGGAAUCCACCGGGGGGAGAAUUCAACCCCGAAACCAACACCUUUAUGACAUGGAGGAACAGACUCACUGCUCUUGUUGUGGACAGUGAAUCAUUCUGCAGAAUGCUUGAGAAGAGUUUCCUAUCAGCUUAUGGAGUGGAGACUGAGGAUGUAGAGAGUGGUAGUGCUGCUAUUGAGCUCAUCCAAGGGGGAGCUACAUUCGAUCUUAUUGUCAUCAAUCCACAUCUGUGUGGCAUAAGUGGGAUUGAGACAGCUAGAUUGCUUCGAAACAUGGGUGUGCAAAGCAGGAUUGUGGGAAGUUCUGCAAUGUACGUUGAAGACGAGCGAUCGCGCUUUCUUCGAGCAGGUGGUGAUCAUUAUGUUGAGAAGCCCUUUGGUCCACACCUCUUUAUUCCAAUCCUGCAACAACUUGACAACCAAUAAAACUCAAUGAUGAACCAACCAAACUAUACUCUGCAGACACUUUGAAAGUGUCUUUUAUGUUUAUUUUUUGUUAUGUUUUUUUUCAUAAUUUUGAGACAAUUUUUUCAUCUUUCUUUUUAUUUCUGCAAUCUGAUAAACUCGAAUUCCUAUACCUAUGAUGGAUUGGUGCAUAAUAAAAUUGUGUAAUUGUGUUUA